AUCUCCAAGAUGACUGUCACCUACUCCAGUAAAGUAGCAAAUGCUACCUUUUUUGGAUUUCAUAGAUUACUCCUCAAAUGGAGAGGCAGCAUCUAUAAACUGCUGUACAGAGAGUUCAUUGUUUUUGCAGUUCUUUACACAGCAAUAAGCUUGGUAUACAGAUUGUUACUUACAGGAGCCCAAAAACGUUACUUUGAAAAAUUAUCAAUUUACUGUGACAGAUAUGCUGAACAAAUUCCAGUAACCUUUGUGCUUGGGUUUUAUGUGACUUUGGUAGUGAACCGCUGGUGGAACCAGUUUGUGAAUCUGCCCUGGCCAGACAGGCUGAUGUUCCUCAUCUCCAGCAGUGUCCACGGCAGCGACCAGCAUGGGCGCCUACUCAGAAGGACACUGAUGCGCUAUGUCAACCUUACGUCCCUGCUCAUCUUCCGCUCAGUGAGCACAGCUGUUUACAAAAGAUUUCCCACAAUGGACCACGUAGUGGAAGCAGGUUUCAUGACAACGGAUGAAAGGAAAGUAUUUGACCACCUCAAAUCUCCUCAUCUAAAAUACUGGGUUCCAUUCAUGUGGUUUGGAAAUCUUGCUGCCAAAGCCCGGAACGAAGGCAGAAUCAGGGACAGUGUCGAUCUUCAGUCACUGAUGACUGAGAUGAAUCGGUAUCGCUCCUGGUGCAGCCUCCUCUUCGGUUAUGACUGGGUUGGAAUUCCACUGGUCUACACACAGGUCGUCACUCUUGCUGUCUACACCUUCUUCUUCGCAUGCCUGAUUGGACGCCAAUUUUUGGAUCCCACCAAGGGCUAUGCGGGCCACGACUUAGAUCUUUACAUUCCAAUUUUUACUCUCCUACAAUUCUUCUUCUAUGCAGGAUGGCUCAAGGUGGCAGAGCAGCUCAUCAACCCUUUCGGAGAAGAUGAUGAUGAUUUUGAAACUAACUGGUGCAUUGACAGAAAUCUGCAGGUCUCUCUGCUAGCCGUGGAUGAAAUGCACAUGAGCUUACCCAAGAUGAAGAAGGACAUUUACUGGGACGAUUCUGCUGCUCGCCCACCCUACACACUGGCAGCCGCUGACUACUGCAUACCCUCGUUUCUAGGGUCCACAAUCCAAAUGGAGCUGUCUGGGUCCCACUUUACCGGAGAGGACUGGCUAUGGGACCACGAAAAGCAUGGCCAUCGGCGAUCGGUGAUCAGACGGGUCAAGCGAUUCCUCAGCACCCACGAGCACCCGCCCAGCCCCCGGAGGAGGAGCUUUGGAAGGCAGGCCAGCGACAGCUCCAUGUUUUUGCCCCCCAGCCCAGCCCGCGAUCUGCUAGAUGUGCCUUCCAGGAGCCCCCACAGAACCUCAGCACCCCAGAAGCCAUCGCAUUACCCAGAGGGCAGCCCCAAGCUGCACUCCAGCAUGGGAGAACUGUCCACCAUCCGGGAGACCAGCCGGACAGGCACCUUACACAGCCUGACCCCCCAGUCCAGUGAGAGACCCUCCCCCACCAGGACACCCCAGGUCCCCGAGGUGCUGGUCACAGCUGCUGAAACAACAGCGCCCCCAUCAGAUGACCCCCACCACGACUCCACUACCUCCAUCGUGAGCCUGGAGUUUACUGGGGUUCAGCCAAGCAGGACCAGGCAGCAAGAGGAUCCAGUGGGACCCACCCAGUCCCCUCCACAGCAGAGAAGGACUCCUAGGGGCUUCAGUCCCCAGAUCGCCGAGAGAAUAAAGCUCCAGUUUGAGGAAGAUCCUAACGGUGAUGGGAUGCCCAAAAGGUGGAGCCUCCCAGAGUUGCGGAAGUCCAGCCUCCCCUCCCUGGGAAGCCUAAAUUCUGAUCCCGCACACCUGGAGCCCCCACUGUUGGUUGAUACGGAGACAUCCUCUGAGAUCCGUGGAGCUAAUACUGGGGCUGACUCGCGGGUCUCUCCUGAUAUGCGGUAUUUAAUGGAAAACCUGGACACCCAGGAAACAGAUAUCAUAGAGUUUAAUGAGGAGUCCAUGGAGGGAUCUCCCAGAGCAAUGCCACCAAGUUCUCGCACCUGGUUCUAG